AGGCAAGCGAUGGUGUUGUGGUCGUACCCACCACCGCCAGGACAGCUAAAGAUGACGGCUUUUUUCUUCGUGGCCGGAGUGUCACUAUUUGCCAUUGGAGCCCACUUAUCGUUCGCCAACAUCGCUCCACAACAAGCCCGUGCCAAGGCUCGCAAGGAUUUGAUCAAAGAUCGCAUCAGAAAACUCCUUGACGACUAAAACACAGCAUCCUUAUACACUCGCUUUUAAAAAAAACUAAUAUCGGUAUGUUAUAUGAUCAACUGGGUGAGGCUUAGUUCUGUGGCUGGGGAGCAAAUUUGGUGGGGCUAAGAUGUGAUGGAGACCCCAUUAGAUGAUGUAGGAAUGGCGCUGGUGCUUACUUCUGGAUUGAAUUUACACCUUCAAAUUUUUAUGAAAUUCAUUGUUUCCAGAAGUAAAUUUUAUAUUAUAUUACAUGGAGUUUAGGGUUAGAAUUGAGAUCAAGGAGUGCUUCUUUUCGUGGAACUCGUUGAAGAUGUCCAUUGUAGAAUUUUCUUCUUUGUAAUCACUCUGCUAUGCUGUGAAACAAUGUAUAUUGUUCUUCCACAAGUAUAAAUUUCUUUAAUGAAUUUCAUUCA